CAGGAUGGCGGAUUGGAUGUAGCCUGUAGGUUGUGGCGACGUGAGCGGCAUUGGGGAGGAUGUGGCUACGUUGUUGCGGGAUGGCGGCGUGCUGGACGCUGUGGUGAUGGGAUGGGAUGUCGGAGUUGGAGUCAGGCAUGUUUGUGGCGGUGCCGGUUCUCGGUACGAUACUGGGAUGUGGGGGCUCACGAUGACAGCGCCGAUGUUGCCUUCGGCCGCAGGAUGGAAGAUACUCGAACGAAGGACUCCGGCGGGAUGGUAGAUGGAGGCACCGACUUCGGCCGGACGAGUCCGUCAGACUAUGACGGCUGCUUCUCGCUUUUGGCAAACGGAGCAAAGGAACGACCAAAAUGUUUCCGUAGUGGCUAAGGAAUUUGGGGACCGGAAUUGGUUCUCCGCAAAGGAAAAGGAAAGUGGACGUGCAGCGAAGGGGUGAAAUUGUGGAGUUUAUUCGUUUUAAUUAUUUAUUUAAGUUAUGUAGGAGUUUUAAUAGUAAUUUAAUAAAACGUCUCAUUCCACCUUACUCUAAGGGUAGUUAUUAUUAAAUUGAUAUUAUGUUUACUACUUAGUCUAGGAUUUGUUUUCCUAUUCCU